AUACACAAAGGAGAAAACUAAAGAGGGGAUCCCAAAUAAUAUUCCCAAACCCUAAAGCCCUCCUCCCCUUCCCGUGGCGAUUCGCCGGUCCGUCCCCCAAGUCUAGGGUUUAUGUUCGCUUUCUCCCCACGCAUUCCUCCCACCCGCGGCGCUCCCUGAUCUGGUCAAGCCCACCAGAAUCCGCUCUCCAGAGUUGGUGGGGGCGGAGGGGGAAGGGAGGGGCGGCGGAUGCAGACGGAGGCGAGAGUGGGGAUGGCCGCCGCAACGAUGGACAGCGGCGCCGCCGCCGCGGCCGCUCGGAGGUACUCGACGCAGCAGCAGCAGCAGCAGCCGCCGCCGCCGCAGCUGCACCACCACCAGCCGCAGCUCGGGACGGUGCCCCACCUCCUUGCCGGCGGCGUCGCGGGCGCCGUCAGCAAGACUUGUACCGCGCCUCUCGCCCGCCUCACUAUUCUAUUCCAGGUGCAAGGAAUGCAUUCAGAUGUGGCUACCAUGCGGAAGACUAGCAUAUGGCGUGAGGCAUCCCGCAUUGUCUACGAAGAAGGCUUCCGAGCAUUCUGGAAAGGAAAUCUUGUAACUAUUGCACACCGGUUACCUUACUCCUCAAUUAGCUUUUACACAUAUGAGAGGUACAAGAACCUGCUACAAAUGAUACCUGGUCUUGACAGGAAUGGUGGAUUUGGUGCAGAUGUUGGUGUUAGAUUGAUAGGUGGUGGUUUGUCUGGAAUAACAGCAGCUUCGAUGACAUAUCCCUUGGACUUAGUACGGACUCGUCUUGCUGCUCAGACGAACACUGCUUACUACAGGGGCAUAUCUCAUGCUCUUUACGCCAUCUGCAGAGACGAGGGUGUCAAGGGGCUCUACAAGGGCCUUGGUGCCACUUUGCUGGGAGUAGGUCCCAGCAUAGCAAUAAGCUUCUGUGUCUAUGAGACAUUGCGAUCUCAUUGGCAAAUAGAGAGGCCAUAUGAUUCCCCUGUUCUGAUCAGUUUGGCUUGUGGAAGUCUUUCAGGAAUUGCAUCCUCAACUAUUACAUUUCCGUUGGAUCUAGUAAGACGCCGCAUGCAGUUGGAAGGCGCAGCUGGAAGGGCCCGUGUCUACCAAACUGGACUUUUUGGAACAUUUGGGCAUAUCGUUCGCACAGAAAGUUUAAGAGGAUUGUAUAGAGGAAUUUUGCCCGAGUACUGCAAAGUGGUCCCAAGUGUUGGCAUUGUUUUUAUGACGUAUGAGACGCUGAAGUCCAUCCUCACGGAACUGGCAUCAGAUGAUUAGCUGUCCAACAUUUGUCACGCUUGACAAUUUUGAUGUUUGGGCCAGAAUAACACUUGAGGCUGAUUAGAGCGAGAAAAAUGACUUUGUAGCAUAUGUUAGGAUCUAGAUGGUACUAGGUUUUUAAGUUUAUAAUAUCAUGGAAUGGAAGGAUAUUCAUAUGGUUACAGAUUUUCUUGUAGUGCAUGGUAAAAGAAGAGCCGCUGCCAUAGGUCUUCAAAUUUCUGUCCACCAGUUUUAGUGUAUGUUAACAGUUUCAGUUUUGUAAUGGUACAUGAGGCCAUUGUCUUCAGCUCUACAAUACUAUUGAAAGAUGGCCUCCAAGAUGAUCUGUUUAUCCAUGUUGUCCUAGUGAGCUUAUUACAAUUCA